AUGCAGAAAUAUCUAGGUCUAGUAGAGAAUGGACAGAUAUGUUCUUGUUGCUUCCUUCAGAAGUUUCUACUUUACCUAGAACUUUCUUUAAAUGUGGUAGCAAAACUUUAUGGAGUAUUUUUUACUUUCUGGCAAGGCCAGAAUUACCUAGGUAGCCUUACUGUUGAGGAAACUCAUAACAUAUUCCUGUGGUACAUGGCUGCAAAUAAACUUAAACUAGAGUUUCCGCUGACAAAAAGAAAACGACUUGUACCUCAGCAAUGCCGUUGAUUUCAGUCAUCUGCACAUCACAGUAAUCAGCAGAGGUACAGAGGGCUGUAUGACAGUACUCAUUUUGCUGUAAAUGGCCAUUGUAGCACAACUGGGUCAAGCUGUGGCAAAGCUGAAUACAGUGUCAAAAUUGAACUGAAGCACUUAGAGGUUGUCCUUGCUCAAAAUCUGACAAAGUUUACCUCCAAUGGCUCCAACAAUACUUCCUCUGUGUGGUUUGAACACCCUGUGCAGGUUGAGCAAGACACAUUCUACCAUGGAAGUGCUAUCUUAACAGUAAUGACUGAAGCGCAGUGUGGGAAAGUGACGUUCCAGUUCCAGCACUCCUCGGACAGUGCUAAUGGAACUGGAGUACACAGAGGACAAACACCUGAGCUCAUUUUCUAUGCAUGA